CAUUUCUCAGUUACCCACGAAGCCAGUUUCGUCUUUUACAUCUCGUGUAGCAACAAACCCACAUGGAAAUGGAGUCUGAGAUAGAACGAGGAGCCCAGAGCAAGCAGAAUCUAAUCAGUGAAAAUAACGGUGGUCUGGGCUGCUGUGGGUGGAUCCUUGUGAUUAUCUCUGCAUUUUUCUCCAUCUUGAUAUUUCCAAUCACCAUUUUCUUAAGCAUUAAGAUUGUGAAAGAGUAUGAGCGUGCUGUCAUAUUUAGACUGGGGAGGAUAACAGCCCGAAAAGCCAUAGGACCAGGAAUCUUCUUCAUCAUCCCCUGCACGGACUCGUUUGUUAAAGUGGAUCUUCGAACCAUCUCAUUUGACAUCCCUCCCCAGGAGAUCUUGACCAAAGACUCAGUGACAGUUUCUGUGGAUGGAGUUGUGUACUUCCGUGUAAACGACCCUGUUGCCUCAGUGGCAAACGUGUCUAAUGCAGAUUACUCCACUCGCCUGCUGGCCCAGACCACCCUGAGGAACGUCCUGGGCACCAAGAACCUGUCUGAGGUCCUUUCUGACCGAGAAGGCAUCUCCCAAAGCAUGCAGAUGAGUCUAGAUGAGGCCACAGAUUCGUGGGGAAUCAAAGUGGAGCGGGUGGAGAUUAAAGAUGUGAAACUGCCACAGCAGCUGCAGAGAGCAAUGGCAGCCGAGGCGGAGGCGUCCCGUGAGGCCAGAGCAAAGGUUAUUGCAGCAGAGGGUGAGAUGAACGCAUCCAGAGCUCUGAAAGAGGCAUCUCUAGUGAUCGCAGAGUCUCCAUCGGCCCUUCAGCUCAGAUACCUCCAAACCCUCAACGCCAUCGCAGCUGAGAAGAACUCCACCAUCAUCUUCCCUCUGCCCAUGGACGUCAUAAGCCACUUCAUGAAGAAAUGAUAGCUGAAAAAUUCAUAGUGUACAGAUGCUCGCAAGUUAUUCAUUUAGAAAUUGUGCAUGAUUUUCUUCUUUUUCAUCAUUUAUCUUUUCCGAGAAAGAGUGACAAGGUUUACAAAUGAUUUAUUUAUAAAAAAAAAAUACAAUAUCAUUAUCAUAUUUUACAACGUAUAUCAGUGUGUAACAACUUUCAUAUGCCAAAGAGUAUGCAUGAAAUUAAAUACACUACAACAAUAAGUAGAUUUUACAUUUCAGCUGUUCUUCACCUAACCAUAAACAACCGUUCAUUUAGAGACCAAAAAGAAACAUUAUAAUAGCAACAUUAGGAAUUAUGAACAUUUACUGCACUUAAAAAUUAAGAUUAGGUUUGCAUUAGAUUCAGUUAGUACUGUGGCUUCAGAAAGUAUGAUGUAUAGUGCACGUCACAUGGACUACUUUUUAGUGGUCAGUUAGAUCCCAGUGACUAGAAACUUUUGAACCCAGUUUCCAAAAGGAUUCAGAAUUAUUCACUUGGUUCAGUGAGUAGUGUUGGUUAAAUUACUCUAAAUAAAAAGAUAACAAUUUUUUUUUUUUACUAAUCUUCAACAGUGUAUUUGAAUACUAUCUUAAUCUCUCUAAAAUGUAUUGCAUUACUAAUUAUUACUAAAUACUUUCUUUACCUUGACCAGCUGAACAAUACAGGUAUAGUAAUUAAACUGCUCUUUUAAUUCGUUCAAAUAAAUGAU